UACAUUGCGGCGGAGCACCACACCGCGCCUCCACUUCACCUUCGCCGGGGCUGGGGAGUAAUUUUCCGUGUUUCCGAUUUUACCCCUCCCCUCCAUGUACAGCGGCUACGCCACCACCGCCCUCCUCGCGAGGGCAAACUCGUCAUUUCACUACUCCGACCGGCCCCCCUCCUCCUCCGUCGCCAUAAACCCUAGCCUCCUCCUCCUCAACGCCUACCUCCUCCAUCGCCACUCCGCGUUCCUCUACUGGUCCCGCUCCCGAACCUUCCUCCCCGCGCGUGCCGCCUCCGCCGCCGAGCGGCGGCGCUGCUGCUGCUGCUGCUGCGCCGGCGCCGGCGCCGCACCGGGCUUCGCCGAGGCGGCGAUCGGGUUCUUGGCGUGGGAGCGAUCGGAUCUCCGACCGGGAACGAGCCGCGAGGAAUCUCGGAGGGGGGAGAGGAGAGAUCGCGCGUGCUCGGCGUGUGGAUCGGAGCGAUCGCGGCGUCGAGGAGGUGGGGAGCGGAGGAGGAGGCUUGUUGAGAGGCAGGUUCGAGAAUUAUGGAGAUACGAUGACGACGACGACGACGACGACGACAAUGAGUGGGAGGAGAGAGAGAAAAUGGCUAGAAAGGAUAAGGGCUCUAAUUCUAGGGUUUAUGGUAAUAGAAAGAGAGAAGACUAUGAUUAUGAUGAGCAUGACGAUGACACGGCUUGUAGAGAGGCGUUUCGUCGAACAUCUGAUGCGCAUCGAGGCGGUAGAGAAAGGGUCGACGAGAGGACGGCCCGAUAUCAGCGGAGAAGCGAAGAGAGUGAGGAGGAAGAGAGGGAUUUGAGGACCGGGUCGCGGAAAUUUACGCGAACAUUUGAUAGGCAUGAUGAUGAUGAUGAUAGGAGGAGGAGGGCGGGGGCUUCUUCGACAAAGGUGAGUAAGAAAGAUUUGAUUCGUCACGCUGAGGAGAGAGAUCAUUACGACAGCGAAGAGGAGGAACAGCAUUUGAGGAGAAGAGAAUUGAAGGAGAGAACUCGAAACAGUAACUCAGAUCGGCGAGUAGUAGGCCGAUCUGAACGGAGGAUUGAAGAUAGUAAGGACGAAGAGAGAGACGAAGAAUUGUGUUAUGAGGCGCGAAGUAGAUCGAAAGCAUCGGCACGAACAAUCAAUGUGCGUGAGGAUGAUACGAGGAGUUCAUCUUCAAGUUUGAGGAAAAUGGUCGCUGCGAAGAAGGUGAGUAAGCAGGAUUCACAGCUUGUAACAAGAACAGAUUCAAAGGAAAAUUAUUAUCAAAAUAAUAAUAGGAAAAUAGUCGAGGACGAUUCGAGGAUAAUCGGUAGUUCUCACAACCGGUUUGAUUCGAGGAAGACGGAUUACAGUGUCGGCAUCGCUUCAUCUUCAAAGCAGAAUACGAAAUAUGAUCUGCAAAUAGUCGGGCAGAACGAAUCGAAAAGAAGCUCGGAGAAAAUCAUGGACAUAUCGGAAGUCAAGAAUCACAAUAUUCAGAAUCAACAGCAUAGAGAAGACAAUUCUACUCAGCUGAUGAGAAAUGAUCGAACCCAAAUCGAUCAGCAGGUAAGCGGUAGAACAGAAUUAGAUGUUACAGCUUCAUCUCAAAAUCGGCACACUCAGAGCAAUAUUGAUAACAAAAGGGUUAGGGAAGAUAAUUUUCCCUCAAUUCGGAACUCAGAACAGCAGAUAAGGCACAGUCGAAGCCAAAUCGAUCAGCAGGUGAUCGAUAGAACAGAUUUAAGUACCUCGAAUGUGACGAAUCGGCGCAGCGAGAUAGAUCAGAAACUGACGGGGUAUACAGAAUCGAGUAAAAGCUCGGAAAAUCUCGUGGAUAUAUCGGAGGACAGGAGCAGCGAUGAUAGGAGAGAGGAUCGAAGGGAUGCGUCUUCUUCAACUCAUAAUCUAGUUGAGGUUUCGAGGGAUAAGAGAACCGAUAUCAAUCAACGGAUAGUACACAAUACGGAACUCGAUGUGCAGAACAUAACUCAGGUCAAUGUCACUAAUAUUGCUAGUAGUAGUUCGCAAAGCAUUGAGGAGAAUAGAAGGGACAAUCGAGAGCAUACAACUUUUGUUGUGAAUCUUGUUGGCGGGUCCAAUUCCGGUACAAGAAGCGACGACGAAAUCCAUAGACAAAGUCUAGAGGUUUCUACAUCUAAUAUAGAGAGGCUAGACAACGAGAUGAUCGAGAAUAGGCGUCUCGAACGUCAGCAUAGUUUUAGAGUCGACUCAGGUCAGAAUACUGUUUUGUCGAAUUAUUCGAGGAGUGAUAUCGAAAGAAGGGAAAACCGCGAACUGAUUCGGGAGGUGGAGGAAGAAAGGAGCAGAAUCCAAGAGGAGAGCCAACAGCAAACUAGUCAAAUGGUUAUUUCUGGUAGUUUGGAGUCCGCUACUCGAUUACAGGAUUCCUCCGCAUCAUAUGUGGGAGAGUUUGUCGACAAACUAAGCCAAGAAAUGUCAAAUUCUGACAAAAGAGAUAAUUCAUUGAAAAUUUCUUCUGAAAUUGAGGCAGAAACAGUGCGCGGCAGAACAAGCCAAGGUACUGUAGUUGAUACUACGGCAAAGCAUAAAGAUGGGAAACAUACAGAAGUUGUUCUGACCACCAGUACUCAAACAGGUGAAUCCUCUAGUGCUCAAAAAACCCACAAAUCGUUGUGGGCUUUUGUCGCUGAUAUUAUUCGAUUGGGUUGGAUUCAUCAAGGUGAAUCUCACAAUCCAAAUAAGAAAUCAGGUAAAAAGAGUUUGUCUCAUAAUUCCACGAGUACCGAGGCUUGGUUUUCCGGGCAAGAGCACGAAACCGAUGAAACCCAAAAGAAAGGCAAAAUCAGCUCGCCCAAAGAACAACCAUUGCUCAUUGAAAGGCCUUUUGAUACACCGAUGAUAACAUCAGAAACGGGUACAUCAGCAUCAACUUCAGUAGAUUUAGCGAGAAAAUCGCGAGAAAGGACUGAGGUUAAUGAAGAAGGACGCAGAAGUACUCCUAGUGUAAUAACAGUCGACCAGCCUUUGAAUGUAAUAGAUGAUACAGCUUCGGCUUCUAUAAUAGAGAUUACUGAUAGUGGGAAUGCGCAAGUUCCUGUGAUAGAAGAACCGCCGGAGAUUUUGCAAAUUGGAGGGAAAGAAGGGGAGUUGAGGCGGAGAAAGCUUCAAAGGAAUAAGCAAGUGUUAAAAGAAACGUUCGACGAUUGGGAGGAAGCGUUGGCUUCUUCAAUACGAAUAACCGAUAGCGGGAACACACGAGCUCCUAUAAUAGACGAACCGCAUGAGUUCGUCCAAAGUGAAGGGAGAGAUGGAGAGUUGGAGCAGAGGAAACUUCAAAGGAAUAAUCAAGUGGUAAAAGAAACGUUCGAUGAGUGGGAGGAAGCGUUUAAGCGUGACAGUGAGCAGAGGAAGCUGGAUGAGUUUUUCAUGAGGGAGGCUCUGGUGGAAGCUCAGAGGGCUGCAGAUAUAUGGGAAGUGCCGGUCGGGGCUGUGCUCGUACAGAAUGGGGAAAUCAUUGCGCGUGGUUGCAAUCUAGUUGAAGAGCUGAGGGACUCAACUGCUCAUGCUGAGAUGAUUUGUAUACGCGAGGCUUCCAAUGUUCUUCGGAGUUGGCGCCUUGCGGGCACAACACUGUAUAUUACACUCGAACCUUGUCCAAUGUGUGCCGGGGCAAUUCUUCAAGCGAGAAUCGACACUGUGGUGUGGGGAGCUCCAAACAAGCUUCUGGGAGCUGAUGGUAGCUGGGUUAGGCUUUUUCCGGGAAACGACGAGAGUAACAGUUUAAAUCCAUCGGACAAACCAAUCGGCCCCGUCCACCCUUUCCACCCAAACAUAACCAUACGGCGAGGAGUCCUCGCUCCCGAAUGUGCGGAAGCGAUGCAACAAUUCUUUCAUUUGAGGAGGAAGAAGAGGAACAAGAAGGCUGAGCCUCCGCCUCCGCCGCCGCCGCCUCCUCCUUCGUGCCUUCCGAUGCCCGCCCACCCGCUCAAGUUCUUCACGAAGAUGCCUGGCAUGUUCUCCAUGUUCUUCUGCGUGUAGUAUUAUUUUUUUCGGCUUUUGCUGUGUAGCUGUAAAUUAUGAUCAUCUUUUUUUUUCUCUCUAAUGUUUUAUGCAUCUGCAUAAACUUUGUUGUCUACAUUUUCUGCGACAGCGAGUGCGCGAGAUUUCAAUUUGUUGGUAUUUCGUUGCCGUUCGAAUGCGCGAAAGUUUUUUAAUUUUUGAUUAAAAGAUUUCGUUUGAGAAUCAAAUGCAGUUGUGAUUUAGUUGGUGUGUUGUAAAAUUAUUGUCUCAGUAAAUUGUGAAUGAGACUGAAUUUUUUAUGAUCAAAAUUUAUCUUGAAUGAAUUCUUGGGCCUCA